AUGUUUGCUGUGGCGUUGUUGCAUGGCAACUGCACACACACACAGCGCCUGCAUCCCUCCCUUUUGUGUCCGCCCUCUGCCGGAGUGACCACACACACGGGCAGCAGCAAAAUCACUUCGCCCUCGACGAUCCAAGAUCAACACCGACAUCCCUCGCAACCCAAAGAUCUCAGUUGCCAGCACGGGCCUCCUGCCGCUCUGCCAUCGACGCUAAAACACGGCACAGUGCACGCACUUAUUUUCCUCGUGUGCAGUCAGCCGUUUGCUUCACACAUUCUUCGAUGGGCUGACGCCCACAAAAGCACGCCACAAAAGGCCACUGUGAUCGCACACGCUCUUGCGAUGAGCGUCGGUGUGUGCAUGGAUCCGCCGCUCACACGUGCUGGCAGGCAGCCUGCAGCCGGUGCCCUCGUGCCAGUCCAUCGGCUCCAGCACGGAAAAAAGAAAACGGCCUAUUCCCGAUGCACUUAUUCCACCAGCAGCACCAACACGCUGGUCGCCAGCCGUCAUUCCUCAGCACAUCCAGGAAUGCCGAAAAGUGACGUGGAACUGUCAGCCAGCAAUGCCACAAUCCCCGCACACAUGUCGGCUCCACCAGAGAAGACACACAAAUCACAAACAUCGCCCUUCACAUGUCAUCCGAACAUCAUUCCGACACACCGCGACACGCCAAACAGAAGUAUUCGUCACCCCAAUGCACCUCCCCACACAAUCACAUAG